GACUUCAAUUUGUCAAAUGAAAAAGAUGCCCAUGCCAGUGGCAGUGAUGAGAACUCGGAGCGUGGCAACUGGUCAAACAAAGGCGAUUACCUGCUCUCCAUGGUGGGCUACGCUGUGGGCCUGGGCAAUGUCUGGCGCUUUCCGUACAGAAGUUUUAACGGAGAGAGUGCUUUUCUAAUCCCAUACACCCUGAUGUUGGCAUUAGCUGGCUUGCCUCUAUUUUUCAUGGAGUGUUCCCUUGGGCAGUUUGCCAGCCUAGGGCCAGUUUCCAUCUGGAGAAUAUUACCAUUGUUUCAAGGAGUGGGCAUCACAAUGGUCAUCAUCUCAACAUUUGUGACAAUCUACUACAAUGUUAUCAUUGCUUAUGCACUCUACUACUUAUUUGCCUCAUUUCAAAAAGUGCUGCCGUGGUCAGACUGCUUCUCCUGGGCAGAUGAGUUCUGCAGCAAAACACGAUUAGUAAGUGACUGCAAUGCAACCUUAGAUGGAGAAAUCAUUCAUGCAAACUACUCGUUCAUCACAAGCAACAAUCUCACAUGUAUGAAUGGCACAGUGAACUACAAACCAGUGCAAUUUCCCAGUGAGCAAUACUGGAAUAAAGUGGCUCUUCAGCGCUCGAGUGGGUUGGACGAGACCGGUAACAUCGUGUGGUACCUGGCGCUCUGUCUCCUCCUGUCCUGGAUGAUUGUUGCAGCUGCGUUGUUUAAAGGAAUAAAAUCUUCUGGAAAGGUCGUCUACUUUACUGCGCUCUUCCCCUACGUCAUCCUGCUCAUCUUGCUGGUGCGAGGUGCCACGCUGGAAGGUGCUCUGGAUGGCAUCGAAUACUACAUUGGGAAAGAGUCCAAUAUCACCAAGCUGAUGGAGGCAGAGGUUUGGAAAGAUGCAGCCACCCAGAUAUUCUACUCCCUGUCUGUGGCAUGGGGUGGGCUUGUUGCUUUGUCUUCGUACAAUAAGUUCCACAACAACUGCUACUCAGAUGCUAUUUUAGUUUGUGUAACCAACUGUGCCACCAGUGUAUUUGCUGGGUUUGCGAUAUUCUCCAUCUUGGGACAUAUGGCAUUCGUGUCAGAGAGACCCGUCUCGGAGGUCGUGGACUCAGGAUUUGAUCUGGCAUUUGUAGCCUACCCAGAGGCUCUCUCCAAGUUACCAGUUUCUCCUCUGUGGUCCUUCUUGUUUUUCUUCAUGCUCCUGCUCUUGGGCCUCGACUCUCAGUUUGCCACCAUAGAAACACUUACAACCACCAUACAAGAUAUAUAUCCGGAAGUGAUGAAAAAGUUAAGAAUCCCUGUGACCCUGGGUGUGUGCAUAUUGCUUUUCCUUCUCGGUCUUAUCUGUGUCACUCAGGCAGGAAUUUACUGGGUUAACCUAAUAGAUCACUUUUGUGCUGGAUGGGGAAUCCUUAUUGCAGCUGUCCUGGAGAUAAUAGGCAUCAUCUACAUUUACGGAGGAAACCGGUUCAUUGAAGACAUUGAAAUGAUGAUUGGAAAGAAAAGCCGUUUAUUCUGGCUGUGGUGGAGAAUGUGCUGGUUUUUCAUUACUCCUCUGCUGUUAAUGGCGAUUUUGGUCUGGUCUUUGGUCACGUUUUCACCUCCCACUUAUGGCUCAGUGCCGUAUCCAGCCUGGGGAACCGGUGUUGGCUGGUGCAUGAUUAUCUUCUGCGUCAUCUGGAUUCCUGUCAUUGCUAUUUUUAAAAUAGUUAAAGCUGAAGGUAACCUUUGUCAGCGCAUUGUAAGCUGCUGCAAGCCUGCGGCAAACUGGGGUCCCUAUCUGGAGUGUCACCGAGGAGAAAGAUACAGCCAUGUUGUAGAUCCAAAGAAGGAAAAGGAACACGAGAUUCCUACUGUGUCUGGCUUCGUAUACACUCAAAAAUGA